AUGAGAGAGAGGUUGUACCGCUGUCUUUCUGCCUCAUACUCCAGCAAAUGCUUUAAAGAGCCUACAACAGAGAUCACCCCAACACAGAAUGGGUGGGUUAUUGUCAGAGCUUUCAACAGUGUUUCUUUCAAUAUAUUUUUACAGAUUGGUGCAGAUGGACAGAAUUCUACAGUCAGGAGGGCAGCUGGUAUUAAGAAUAUUCAAUAUCGAUACGACCAGUCAGCUGUAGUUGCUACUCUUCACUUGUCUGAGGCAACAGACAACAAUGUAGCAUGGCAGAGAUUCCUUCCAUCUGGACCAAUUGCUCUCCUCCCGCUUUCUGACACUGUCAGCUCUUUGGUUUGGUCCACGUCACAUGAACAUGCAAUUCGGCUUCAGAGUAUGGAUGAGGACAGCUUUGUGGACUCUAUAAACUCUGCUUUUUGGAGCAAUGCAAAUCACUCAGAUUUCAUUGAUACUGCUGGAUCCAUAUUCCGUUCUGCUGUUUCCCUCCUGAUGCCAUCAGGGACUGCAGCCCGUCAGCUGCCUCCAAGUGUUGCAAAGGUGGAUCCCAAGAGCCGAGCUGUGUUCCCUCUGGGAUUGGGGCAUGCAACUGAAUAUGUCCAACACCGUGUGGCCCUUAUUGGGGAUGCUGCUCACAGAGUACAUCCUCUAGCAGGUCAAGGUGUAAAUAUGGGCUUUGGUGAUAUUGCGUGUUUGACACAUCAUCUCAGUACGGCAGCAUUCAAUGGGAAAGAUCUGGGUAAGGAUUUAAAAUAAUGAAGUAAAACAUGGCAAUACAAAAUAUCUGUGCCAGGGCUCCUUUACUUAAUGAUCCAGUUUCUUAAUAUUGUAUAGAAUUUGUUUGAAUUGCUAGAGUUGAGACUACCAGCUUUAUCUAAUUUUGUCCUGCUGCUGUCUGCAUAGCAAUAUCUUUUUCUAGGAAGGAGAAAUCAAAAUACAGUAAUUAAAUAAUGUUAUAGAUGCUGGUUUUCAUUAAAAUGAGGACUUGUUUGAGAAAAGUACAUCCUUGGUACAGCCCUCAAUCCCUCCAGAUUUCCCUUUUGUGCUCAAAAAGAGUUAAUCACUACUUCUGGAAGCAUUCAGGAGUGGCAAUUCACCCUUUAAAUAUUGUAUGUGUGUGUGUAUGUGCGUGUAAACAUGUGUCUGUGCCUUCAAAUCACUUUUCAACAUAUGGUGACCCCAUUAAUUUCAUAGGGUUUUCUUAGACAA